GGGAACCAAAAACAAAAAUAUUGAACGAGUCAUUUUCAGGGUUCCUUUUCAAAGUGCCGAAGAAGGUAUGAACUUCCAAGUCUCUCCCUCUAUUACAUGGAAAAGAGACGCCGUCUUCGUCCGGGGACGACUCUUCUCUCUUCUUCUCUGUUUCUUCUCCUUUUUAUUUCCCUUUUCCCGGUUUUGCCCUCUUCGCGCCAUGAAGUCACCGGAAAACCCCGACCCACUCGACAACUGCCGCCGCCUCCUGGCCUCCACCGCCUCCGCCGCUUCCGCCGUCGAGUCCUUCCGCGGCCGGUGGUCAGCCGUCGCCGCCACCCUCGGCCGCCUCCGUGACGCCCUCAACGACCUCUCCGACCUUCCCUCCCACUCCCACCCUCUCGCCGCUGACCUGCUCCGCUCACUCUCUCAAACCCUCUCCCUCACCCUCCCCCUCGCCCUCCACUGCCGCUCUCCCGACCCCCCCGCUGGCAAGCUCCGCACCCAGAGCGACAUCGCCGCCGUCGCCGCCACCCUAGCCCAGCUUGCCGCCGACGCCGACCUCCUCCUCCGCACUGGCGCUCUCCUCGACCCCCCGACCCCGCCGCAGGCGACGGCUGCGGCGGCCCCUGGGACCUCCCGCCGGGAAUCUGUCCGCUCCCAGGCAAGGAGCCUCGUGACCCGCCUUCAGAUCGGGAGCCCGGCGUCAAGAAUCACCGCGUUGGAUUCCCUCAUCGCGCUCCUCCGGGAGGACGACAAGAACAUCCUGAUCGCGGCCGCCCAGGGGGUGCUGCCGGCCCUGCUCCGCCUCCUUGACUCCUCCUCCUCCGGCGGCGAGGCCCGGGCCAAGGCCGUGGCCGUAAUCGCAAGGAUCGCCGCCGUCGAGAGCUGCCGCCACGUGCUGGUCGCAGAUGGCGCCCCCCUUCUGCACCACCUUGUCCGCACCAUCGAGUCCGACUGCGGCGGCCCUGCCGCCCGGGAGCAGGCCUGCGCCGCCCUCCAAACCCUGACCCUUGCCAAGGACAACGCCAUGGCCGUCGGCUCCCGCGGCGGCAUCGUCGCCCUCCUCGAGAUCUGCUGCGACGGCACGCCCUCCGCCCAGGCCGCCGCUGCCUGCGUCCUCAAGAACCUCGCCGGCGUCCAAGAACUCAGGGAGAACUUCCUGGAAGAGAACGGCGUCCCCGUCCUUGUAAGGCUUUUAGCUUCAGGGACUCCUCUUGCCCAAGAGAAUGCAAUCGGGUGCCUCUGCAACCUUGCCGCCGGUGACGAAGGUGAAAGCCUAAAGCUUGCAAUUUUCAAAGAUGGCGGCUUGGAUUGCCUCAAGAACUACUUGGAAAGUGGCGGCAGUGGCAAUGACCGAAGUCUUGAGCCGGCCAUCGGAUUGUUGCGCAAUUUGUCAUCUUUCCGGUACAUUGCGGAGCUCGCUGCCUGCGCCGGCUUCCUUCUGCAGGUCAUCGCAGCAUUGGAUAGCACCACAUCGGGCACGAGAUCAGAAGCGGCAAGAGCAAUCUCAGAGCUGGCGGUGGUGGGGAGAACGAGGAAGGAAUUGGGGGAUGCGGUGCCUCGGCUGAUCAGAAUGUUAGAAGCCAAGGUGGCGGAGGAGAAGGAGGCUGCAGUGAAGGCAUUGGCCUCACUUGUGUCAUUCCCCAGGUUCCGGAGGAUAUUUCGGAAGGAGGAGAGGGGGGUCUUCAAUGUGGUUCAACUCCUUGAUCCCUUGGUUUGGAACGUCGAAAAGAAGUACCCUGUUUCAGUAUUGUUAUCACUCUCACAGUCGAGGAGGUGUCGGAAGCAAAUGGUGGCAGUGGGGGCAUGCGGGUUUCUGCAGAGUCUUGCAGCAAUGGAAGUCGAAGGGGCAAAGAGGCUCCUCGAGAGCUUGGGAAGGGGGAAGCUAUGGAGAGUGUUUCCGAGAACUUGACGAGAUGGGAGGAUUCGGACCUGGAUGCUCCAAUCUAUCGAACGAGAUGCCUUACCGGUGCAAAUCUUUUAAGCUCUACUGUGGUGCAUCUUUUUCGCAACCGACCUCACACUGUACCUCUCUUCCUGCUGCCAUGCCAUAUCCUUGCACUGAAGCUCAUAACAAUCUAUUCAUCUGCUUAAGUGUGCUCAUCUAUAUUUUGCAGCUUAAUCCUUCAACGGAUUCAUUAGGCAUAACACUUGGGACUUCAGAAUGUUAUCUGAAUUAAGAGGUUGCGCAACACAAUUGGCAGUAUACAAAACAGAAGCUUCUGAACCAAAAUUAUUGUUCAGUGCAAGAUGAUCUUUGGUGAUGCUAUAGUCUCUUAUAUAGGCCACAUUAAAUUGGGUGCACCUUCUUUAUAAUCUCAGAUAUCUAAAAGUCUCGUACUCUUCGGGUUUCUUGCAUUUAUAUGGCUUUACUUCCUUGUUGGCUUGAUCCAAACCCCUGUGUAUCAUCUUUCCCAUGGAAUCAUCUUGUAGUGACUUUCUGUGAGUUCAAUUGUUUGUCUUCAUCUGUUAGUUAGGUUAUUCAUGAAUCAAGUUAUGCCCUUCGUAGAGUAAUCGAAUCGUUCAUGAAUCAAGUAAUUUCCUUCAGCUCAUCAAGUGGAACAUUUUCAUUUGCUGAGGAUUAGUGAAACCUUUCGCUUUCCUACCAACCAAUGGUGGUCUACAGUUAGGUAGAGAGUAGUUGUUAAUCAUAGUAUAAAACCAUAUUUUGAAAUUAUUCUAGCAGUAGCAUCCCAGUUUUCCAAUAUGAUGUGGUCAUGAUAGCAAAACAUUUUGUCUGUCUUUGCUGCAAUUUAAUCUAGUCGGAAAUCUGGAUUCUAUUGCUAAUUUAUUGCAAAUGUUAACAUUGAAAGAUUUCCAUGCUCUUCCCCCUGCCCAUCAAGGCAUCUGAACUCUGAACUGCCUAAGUGUGUUAUGUGUAGCAAUUUUAGCUUGCAUUACAGGUUCUAAAUUGCCUGCCAAUAUAUCUAGAGUAUUUUAGCCUGGCAUGGGCAGGCUAAUUCUUCAAGCCCAUGCCUAGCCCAUAGUCUAAAGAGGUCAGACCUGGCCGAAGCCAGGCUCAAUAUAUCUGGAUUGAGCUAGCUCGGGUUGAGUCUCCACGAUUUAUUUUGCAUCUGGUCCAGGCUUUUUGGGCACCAUGAUAUAAAUCAUUCACAAAUGAAGCUGGUCCUUGUCCCUCCCUUCUUUUGAUUAAUGCAAUGUCAUCACUAGAUACUAGCACUUUGCAUCACAUGUAACCCUAACAAUAUGUUGUUUGUAGUUUGUUACAUAUUUUUACAUUUCAAGGUAGAUUGGAUCCUGGCAUGUCUUAAUUACUUGUUGGAUAUCAUAAACAUAUAUUUCAUUUGCUGUUUAUAUGCCAGAUUUAUUGCCAAUUAUGCAUAAAUAAAGACUUCUACACCCACAAAGCAACUCAAUAAUAUUAGUAUUGAGAAUGCAGUUAAUAUGAUAGAAAUGAAUGCUAAUAUUUGUCACAUGCUUACAUUUGGUAGGGGUAGAUUAUUAGGCUUGGUGGAGGUAGAUUAAUUGUUCUGACCAUGGAUACACAAAACUACUAGAAUGGGAUAGCGUCGUCAUCAUACCAUACCGAUGCAAAAUCGAUACGGGUAUUGCACCG